AUGCGACCAACACUGCUACGAGCGCACCAACGCGCGCACCAAAAGACCACCUUCUCGGUCGAGAACGUCCUCAACAUCUUCAACAAGAACGCGCGGGCAGGGUCGGCGGAGCUCAACCCGCUCGACUGGGACCACCCGAUCCACAAGCAACCGUACGACUUUGGAGACUUUACGACCCCGACUAUCAUGAAGAUGGAGAAGCAGAGGGAGUUGUUGCACUACUUGCGGCUGGAGCAGCACCAGUUCAAGGACUUGGUCGCCUACCGGAAGAAGUUCGUCCCGCCCUCGAAGGAGCAGUUCAUCGCAGUCCGGCAUCAGCACUACCAAGGCGAGGAGCACCCCUGCUCGCGUCGCAUCUCCAUCCGCGUCCCCGUCUCCGCCCUCCCCCUCUCCUCACCCGAAGCGCUCCACAAAUUCAAGCUCCUCGCAGGCGCGAGGUGGCACCCUCCCUUGCCUCCUUCGCUCAAGCACCCGAUCGAGAACAAGAGUUGGAAGGUUCACCAGGGAGAGAAGGACGAGGGAGUCUUUGAGAUGUCGUGCGAUGUGUUCCCGUACGACCGGAUGAACGAGAAGUGGUGCUCCGACACGCUCGAGAAGUUGCUCAACGAGGCCAAUGACCUCAAGAAGGAGACCUUCGCCGACAUCCCCAUCGACACUCGGUACCGUCGCAAGCGCCUGAUGAAGAACGGCAAGCUCCGCCGCAACAUCACCCUCGCCAACUACCCGCAAGAGUGGCUGCCCGCACAGGCUCAGCAGCAGCAGCAGGCGCAGGUUGAGGCGCCCGCGCAGGAGAAGGCGCAGGCAUAG